ACAGGGACUAGAGCCACUGCCCUGGUUCUGUUGCUUCCAGCUGUUAGGCUGUGGGUGGCCUUGGGCCUGUGCAUGCCCUGGGGGCUGUCAUGAGGAUCCAGUUGGUGCUUAUAAAGCGCUUUGUCAGCACCUUCUGUGUUUGCUGCUCUGAGCAUUGAAUAGUUUACAACGGGGUGGGAGGGGUGGGAGGGAAGGUCCCAAAAUGGACGAGGCACACGCAGCCUUUUGGGUUAUACAUUUGAAGACUCAGGCAGCCUUGUGGUCUGUUGCUUCUGGCCCCUCGGCGGCGACACCAGGGUUUACGACCUCGAUUACUGGGUGAUGUCAGGAUGAAUUGGGCGUCUCAACCCGGAGCUCCCCAAGUCGGAAACCAGCUUGGGAGGAAAGCUGGGUAUUAGGGAAUGACGGCGGGGCGGGGCACAACCGUGGAAGAGGGGUCUGCCUGCGAGCUCGAGGGUCGGCUCUGGGCUGACAGCGCUGCCUUCUCCCAUUGCGAAGCUGCGGGCGGGCGGCGACUCGGCCCGCGAGCCUCUGCAGGAGGAGGGUGCGUGGGCGUCGGAACCCGCGGCGGAACUGAAGGCAGCAGCUCUUGGCGAGCCACCCGGACGGCCUCCCGGAGCACCGUGAGGCGGGCCGGAAAUGAUCUCUCGGCGCCCCUUCCUCACGUGAAGGCGUGGUGUGUUGCUGGCUAGCUGGCUCGACGGGCGGUUGAGGCAGUGCACAACAUUGUGGAACUGCUUGAGGCCCACGAGGACGCAGAAGGGCGCAAGAGUCCGGGCUUGGACAGGGCUCGGAGAUUUCUCCCGCUAGAAGAAGACGGUCGCAGCACUAUGUCUCACGUCGGCUCUCGCAAGCGCUCGAGAAGCCGCAGCCGGUCUCGGGGGCGAGGAUCUGAAAAGAGACGGAAGCAAAGCAGUAAGGACGCCCGGAGGAACUACGACACAUCUGGAUCCCAAGGUCGCAAGGCCAGCGCCGCCUCCGGGGCCGAAGAGAGAAGCAAGCACAAAGCCCGGAGGAGACCACGAUCCAGCUCCUCCUCCUCUUCUUCCAGUUCUUCUAGCUCCUCUCCUUCUUCCUCGUCCUCCUCCUCUUCCUCCAGUGAUGCCCGGAAAAAGCGGGGGAAGCACAAGAACAAGAGGAAGAAGAAGAAGAAGAAGAAGAAGAAGAAAAGAAAGAAAUUGAAGAAGGGCAAGGAGAAGACAGUCCUGCAGCAGGCUGAGGCUCUGCCUGGCCCCUCCCUGGACCAGUGGCACAAAUCGGCCCGGGAGGAAGAUGCUGGCCCAGUCCUAACAGAUGAGCAGAAGUCCCGCGUCCAGGCCAUGAAGCCCAUGACCAAGGAGGAGUGGGAUGCCCGGCAGAGUGUCAUCCGCAGGGUGCUGGACCCCGAGACGGGGCGCACCAGGCUCAUUAAGGGAGAUGGAGAGGUCCUGGAGGAAAUUGUAACCAAAGAACGCCACAGAGAGAUCAAUAAGCAAGCCACCUGCGGAGAUGGUUUGGCAUUCCAGAUGCGAGCUGGGCUGCUUCCCUGAGGCUCCCCGGCUGUGGCCUGGAGAUGACCUCAGGCGGCAUUUGUGCUGAGGGUCAAGGAGGGCACUGCACACCUUCAGGGAGAAAUGAGCUCCCAACUUAGGGAAAGCCAUGAUGUCUGUUGGGUUGCUAAGGCCAGCCCUCCCCCUCUGCCUGCCACGUGCUGGGCCCAGACCUGAUCACGUCCCAAAGGUGGCACAAGUCAUGCACAUAGGAGCCUGGGCCAGGCACUAGGGCUCCCAUGUACUGGCUGUGUCUCCUGUAAAGCAGAGAGGCCAGCAAUGCCACCUCACUGGGCCUUGCCUGGGAGGGACAGAGUCAGCGCUCUAGUGUCCUGGCCCCUGUGUGUAAUACAGUGCCUUGGUGACUGGGAAGAAUGCCCCCCACCCAAUGUUGCCCCACAA